GCUUCGGUCUCUCUUGAAUGAGAAGGCAGCGGCCCAGUGAGCAGAGCUGUAGCCUGACGCAAGAGGCAGGAAGCGCGGCAGCUCGUGCCUGAGCGCCCGGCGGAUAACCGAAGUCGGAAGACUCUCCUAGCAGCACGCGAAGAACGGCGAGCCGGCAGCAUGGCAGAACAGGAUGUGGAAAACGAGCUUUUGGAUUACGACGAAGAGGAAGAGCCCCAGGCUCCUCAAGAGAGCACACCAGUUCCCCCUAAAAAAGACAUCAAGGGAUCCUAUGUUUCCAUCCACAGCUCUGGCUUCCGGGACUUUCUGCUGAAGCCAGAGCUCCUGCGGGCCAUCGUGGACUGUGGCUUUGAGCAUCCAUCUGAGGUCCAGCACGAGUGCAUUCCCCAGGCCAUCCUGGGCAUGGACGUCCUGUGCCAGGCCAAGUCUGGGAUGGGGAAGACGGCAGUCUUUGUGCUAGCCACCCUGCAACAGAUAGAGCCCGUCAACGGACAGGUGACGGUCCUGGUCAUGUGCCACACGAGGGAGCUGGCCUUCCAGAUCAGCAAGGAAUAUGAGCGCUUCUCCAAGUACAUGCCCAGCGUCAAGGUGUCUGUAUUCUUUGGGGGCCUCUCCAUCAAGAAGGAUGAAGAAGUGUUGAAGAAGAACUGUCCCCAUGUUGUGGUGGGGACCCCGGGCCGCAUCCUGGCGCUUGUGCGGAACAGAAGCUUCAGCCUAAAGAAUGUGAAGCACUUUGUGCUGGACGAGUGUGACAAAAUGCUGGAGCAGCUCGACAUGCGGCGGGACGUGCAGGAGAUCUUCCGCCUGACGCCACAUGAGAAGCAGUGCAUGAUGUUCAGCGCCACCCUGAGCAAGGACAUCAGGCCUGUGUGCAGGAAGUUCAUGCAGGAUCCCAUGGAGGUGUUUGUGGAUGAUGAGACCAAGCUCACGCUGCACGGACUGCAGCAGCACUACGUCAAACUCAAAGACAGCGAGAAGAACCGGAAGCUCUUCGACCUCCUGGACGUGCUGGAGUUUAACCAGGUGAUAAUCUUCGUCAAGUCAGUGCAGCGCUGCAUGGCCCUGGCCCAGCUCCUCGUGGAGCAGAACUUCCCGGCCAUUGCCAUCCACCGGGGCAUGGCCCAGGAGGAGCGCCUGUCGCGCUAUCAGCAGUUCAAGGAUUUCCAGCGGCGGAUCCUGGUGGCCACCAAUCUGUUUGGCCGAGGGAUGGACAUUGAGCGAGUCAACAUUGUCUUUAACUACGACAUGCCUGAGGACUCGGACACCUACCUGCACCGGGUGGCCCGGGCUGGUCGCUUUGGCACCAAAGGCCUAGCCAUCACUUUUGUGUCUGACGAGAAUGAUGCCAAAAUCCUCAAUGACGUCCAGGACCGGUUUGAAGUUAAUGUGGCAGAGCUUCCAGAGGAAAUUGACAUCUCCACAUACAUUGAGCAGAGCCGGUAACCACCACGUGCCCUGCCAGUCCAGAGCCGCCAACCUGGAGCCUCCCGCAUGCAGCUGUACCUCCUUCUUCCAGAUGCCCCUGUUCAGAAGCUAUAGAUUGUGUAAGAAUAAACUUGUAUUAUGGAA